AGACGGCGCAGACCCACCCCAUGCUGGUGGAGCUGAAGAACGGGGAGACGUACAACGGGCACCUGGUGAGCUGCGACAACUGGAUGAACAUCAACCUGCGGGAGGUCAUCUGCACGUCCCGGGAUGGAGACAAGUUCUGGAGAAUGCCGGAGUGCUACAUUCGCGGCAGCACGAUUAAAUACCUGCGUAUCCCCGAUGAAAUAAUUGACAUGGUGAAAGAAGAGGUGGUGUCCAAGGGCAGAGGCCGUGGCGGGAUGCAACAGCAGAAGCAACAGAAGGGCCGUGGCGUCGGAGGUGCCGGACGAGGUGUGUUUGGUGGCCGCGGCCGAGGAAUACCGGGCAGCGGAAGAGGCCAGCAGGAAAAAAAGCCGGGCAGACAAUCGGCAAAGCAAUGAGAGGCCGUCUGCACCCUGGCUGGGGACAGUGCUGCGAUGCCGUUCGGUUUUUAUCACCUCAGGAUUGCCGUGUGUUCAAAAGCGUUACCUUUCUCCUCCUCCGUCAGUUGAUCAGUGCCCGAACCGUACAGUUUGGAAGCCCCUCGCAAUUUAAGCUGGUAAAGUGGAGUUAUUCACUCCUCGUAGUCAGCAAGCCAUUGGAAAUGCUUAAAAAAAAAAAAUAAUAAUUCAUGGUUAAGGACCUAAUUUCUGCCUUCUCCUGAGAGUGAAAGCACUAUUUAAUUUUUCAGGGUCACCAGGUUUAAUUUAAAAGAUGAACCGCGUACAGCGGUGUGGGAACGAAGGCAAACACUUUCUGGAUAUCUUUUUUUUUUUUUAAAUACUUGAAACUUGGGAAACUCGUUGCAUUUGUAACAGAUGCCAGUGGUUUUCGUUUAAAAACACCGAACUUGAGGAUACCGUAUCUUUACACGAGUAGCCUUAAGGGUUUGGGGUUUUUUUUUUAAAAACAACAAACUUUUAAGCUAUCGCUUCUCUAUUUCUGGCCGGUCGGUUCUGUCUCUCUCCUAUGGCUUAAGGGAGAGCUUGGGAUGAACACGGCGUUGGCCUUCGAGGCUGGUUUCCGAGAGAGCUUUGUGAUAAAUGAGGGUUUCCCAAUUAGCGUAUUACUAAUUUGACUUCAGAAUAGAAGUUUCCUUUAAAGGAAAGGGUUUUCUGUGUUUUCUUGUGGAAGGCUGGUGUGCCCCUUACUCUUCACGUUUGGGUUUGUUGUUUGGUUUUUUCCCCUCCCCGAAAAGCGACCGAGCUGUUGAGUUGAUUUCUUUUUGCCCCCUCCCCCCCGCUUUGAAAACUCUCUCCCUUGUGCCUGUGACACACAGUCCUGAACUCUGACGAUACUUCUCGAGCUUAUUUCUUCUGGUACCUGGCGAUUGACUUCACCCUAAGUACUUGCCAUUUCCUUUUCUAGUCACCGAUUAUCUUUCCCUGGGGACGUAGGCCAGCGCGUGAGCCUGUCCCUCCCGUAGGUUAAGAAAGCCCCUGUGAAUUCCCAGCUCGGGUCGCUCCCGUCUUCCAUCCCGCGGGGUGCAGGGUCCCAUGAGCAAAAUGCACCCGCAGAAAUACCCUGGCUGAUCUGAACUGAAUGUCGGGGGGACGCCACGGGGCGAAGAAAGAGGCUCUGGCUGUGCCCCAACCCCCUGAAUGGAUGAAAUAGCUUAAUUUUAGGGGAAAAGCUGAUGUUGUGACUUGUUCUGAACAGGUUUUUUUUUGGGUUUGUUUUGUGUUUUGUUUUUUUUUUACAACUGAUUCCCAUAUUGAAGCCUACUCUCUGCCAUCACCACUGUACUGAAAACGAGUAAAGAACGUGCUUUUAUAUAUACUUAUUUUUUUAAUGUUUAUAGAACUUGUGCGCAGUGGUGAGUAGGAAUAAAUGGCCAACCUGUA